ACACGGUCCGAGUCUCUCUCGGUCUCCACGGACGCUCCGCGGUCUGGAUCGUAGCCGCUUUCUUUUCCUCUUCUUCUUGGUUCUCCUUCCGGUGGAUUAUAUUCUUCUUCUGAUGGUUUUUCAACUCCAACCCGAUGCAUAGAAAAUGGGUAAACUGCACUCGAAACAUGCCGCUAUCUGUAAACCGAGGGAGAGUCCAGAAGGCGACAGUUUCGUCGUCAACGCCUGCUUGGCGAGGAAGGGCAUCGACGACUGGCUCGGGAAGCAGAGGUACUACUGCGCGAGCGCGCGCCUCGAGCCGCGGGACGGGCCCCGCGCGCGCGGCGGCGGCGGGUCGGCUCCCCGGGACGACAUGGAGGAAGCAGAGAGGAGGGGAGAUGAGCUCUACCGGCUGCAAGGAGCUGCAGUGUGCCGUCUCCGUGGAGGAGGACAGCCGGCAGGAGUGGACCUUCACCCUCUACGACUUCGACAACAACGGGAGAGUCACCAGAGAGGACAUCACCAGCCUGCUGCACACCAUCUACGAGGUGGUGGACGCCUCCGUCAGCCGCGCCGCGCCCAGCGGCACGCUGAGGGUCAAGCUGUCGGUGGCGCCCGACUGCAGCCGGCGGUGGAGGAGCUGCACGCAGGGCGCCGCAGACAUGUCUCACCCCAGGAAAAUCGACAAGUGCAUAGAAGACCCCAAGAGCGUGGACAAGAAGACACGAGCGCUCCUCAGGCGGCGCCACGGCGAGCAGCCCGCGGCGCCCGGCUGCCACAGCGUGGACGAGAACCUAGAGCGCCGGAACCACUACCUGGACCUGGCGGGCAUCGAGAACUACACGUCGCGCUUCGGAGCCGCGCCGACCCCGGAGCCGACGAAGGCGGAGCCUCAGACGGGCCCGUCCAACCAGACUCGCUCUCGCUCCCACGAGCGAGAGAAUGGCCACGCCCACUCCCACCCCCCCCAGCAGCAGCAGCACCGCCGCCUACAGACUGUCGUGGGCUCCGCCCCCCCCGUCGGCCUCCACCCAGCCCGCACGCGAGGCCCGGACUCGGGGAAACACGGCCUCCGGUCCCCCAAGACACACAGCCGCACGCCUCCCAGGCCGGCCGGCGGAGGGGGCCGGGUGAUGCGGAGCCGGGGGGCCCCGCCCCCCACGGCGAAACCCAGCCAGACCCCCCCCCACCAGUCCACGGCCCCCUACCGCAAGCACAAGCAGCGGUCCAAGGAGGGCCGCCGGGCCCCGGGGCCGCCGGGGGAGAAGGAGCAGCUCCUGCCGUACGAGGGGGAGGGGCCGGCUCAGACGGUGCAGCGCCACGAGCACCACCAUCACCACGAGCACCACCACCACUACCACCACUUCUACCAGGCAUGAGCCCCCUGCUGGAGCGUCCUCGCCACUGCACUGCAGAGACUCAUGGGAGGACAGGAGGAGGAUGGGAGGAGAGGAGGAUCAUGGGAGGAGAGGAGGAUCAUGGGAAGAGAGGAGGAUGAUGGGAGGAGAGGAUCAUGGGAGGAGAGGAGGAUCAUGGGAAGAGAGGAGGAUGAUGGGAGGAGAGGAGGAUCAUGGGAGGAGAGGAGGAUCAUGGGAAGAGAGGAGGAUCAUGGGAGGAGAGGAGGAUGAUGGGAGGAGAGGAGGAUGAUGGGAGGAGAGGAGGAUCAU